GCAGGUCUUAUUUAUUCUGAAAAAGGAAGAGACAUUAUGUCGACACCAAUAGAUCAAGAAACUUUGAAACACAACGCGGGCGCUGUUCAACAGAAUGCAUGCAAAAAAGUGAAAACAGGCUGCAGAAACGAACUAGAUUCUACCCCAAACCUGGGCGUAAAAUCCAAAGAAGAAAACCGCAGAAUCAAGUCAGAUUCAAAGGCGAGUGUGGAAAAAUCCCGCGAAAUGAAUAUCAACCCCCAAAAAGACAAAACAUCCAUACAGAACGUGAGUACGGACGCUCACCAGGGUCAACCUGAACGGUCACAAAGUAUUUCACUUCCCCCUGGUCCGUCAGUCAGUGGACAGCCUAAAGGCGGUGAUUUAGACCAGGAAGAGGAGCUCGUGCGACGUCCUGAAUCAGCGCCGCCACUCCUGGAACAGACACCACAGGCACAAGAUAGCGCUGAUGAAGGUGAACAUGAGAACCCAGCCUCGUGUCAAAAAACCCACCAACAAAAAGAUGACAGAUAUGCACAUCUAGAAGAGAAGUUCGUGGAACUCCAGAACCAGUUUGUCAAAGAGACGGAGGAGAAAGAAGCCCUCAAAAUUAGACUGGAAGCUGCAAUUGAAGCAGUGCGUCUAGAAAACGAAAAUCUUAAGGAAAGGCUAGGCGAACUGGAAAGCAAAAGCUGCACACUAGAGUAUUUUCAAACCAAAUGUGAACAACUGGAAAGCAAAAUCCAUAAAUGCGUUUGCUGUAAAACCGCAACACUUGGCGGGGCACAGGGGUUGACGAUGUCUGAUGCAGCCCAGAUCACUGAAGACACGCCUGGAGCCGGCACAGAGCAGACGACACCAUCAACGUCAGCGGAAACUACUGCAUCACCUCCGUAUCCUACAACUGGAGUGAAGAGAGAGAGAUCGACAAAAAGAACAGUUCCAUUCUUCCAAAGGGCACCGCGUUCUCCCGUGUUUGGCGCCGACCAGAAUUUCCUCAAUGAAGUCAUAUCCGGUCUGAAGGACUGUGGGAUAACGCUUGAACAAGAGAAUUUGGAAAACGUGAAGCUGAUAUCGUCUGCUCCUCUGAUUUUAUUUUGUCUUCAGUCUUCGCGACUUGGGACAGAUGUGGAUCAAGCGCUGAGGGAAUACAAAGGCGCGCGGCUAGACAUCAUUCUGAUCGUGAUGCGCCACCUCCCCCGCCAUGCUAGACGGUUCACGCCGACUCAGCAAGUCUUACCCAGACAUCCACAAGUCAAGUUGACAGUUGAUAUAGUGUUCUGGGAGACCGAAGGCUUCUAUCAAUGCGAGGAAAAUCAAGAAGCAAUAGUACAAGUCAUUUCAUAUUUUCAGUAUCUGUGCUCUGAAUCAGUCUGAUGUAAAUAAUAAGAAUUGAUGGGAAAUUCGCAAAAUAUAUUACUGCGGCACGUAUAGGUGAUAGAUGAUCGCUUUAUUGAACACAUAAAAUAAUGACAUUGAACAUCCUCUAGACUGCAUUUUUACAGUGUAAAUCUACGUCAGUUAUGCUU